AUGGAACCAGAACAGAUUGCCAAACGAUCCGGCUCGACGGCCGAUACCGACGACGCGUCGACUGCCCCGGCCACCUCGGCCGCUGCGUCGGCAUCGGGUCGGGAAUCCGACAUCGAGUCGAGUCUCGACGCAGGCGGCGACGACGACACCGGCGACAACGACGACGACAACGACAACGACGACGGGAUGUCCGAAUCGGUGGCGAGCAGCAACGUGCGCUCGACGCAGCAGGCCGUCGCCCAAGCCUCGCAACCGGGCCCGGCCCGAACCGCGUCGACGCCCGCCGGCCCGCACCCGGAACGCUCGCUCAACGGCGCAUCCGACAACCUGGUCCUCUUUGACCUCACCACCCGACCCGAAGCUACGCUCACCUUUUCGCCGCAUACCAUCAAGACGAUCCUCGACCUCAAACUCCUCGGCGUCGGCUACGAGAGGAACCGCCUCACUUUUACCCAGAUCCGCGGCCAGCUCGCCCAGAGGAUCGCCGAGAAUGUAACGGUCCCCGCCCUCGAGCUCGCCGAUGGUACCCACAUCAUGGAGAGCUGGGCCAUUGCAGAGUACCUGGAACGCAACCACCCCUCUGGCCACCGCCUCUUCGGCAACUCGGCCACCAAGCGUCUGGCCGCGCUGCUCAACGACUUUGGCAAGUCGAUCCUGGCGCCCUCACUGGGUCCGCUCGUGAUGCCGGGCGUGCACCGGCUGCUCGACGCCGAGUCGGCCGAAUACUUUUCCCAGGUCAAGAUCGGCGCGGCGCGCUGGAACAAAAUUUCGACCCUCUCGGCGCCGGAACGCGAGGCGCUCGUGCACAACGUCGUAUCCAAGCUCGCCGUCGUCGAGACUAUGCUCAAUUCAGAGGGCGCCGGAUCGUUCGAGUCGGUCCAGGCGGGCAAUGCCGCGGCGGCGGGUGGUGCGACGUCGAGGACGGGCAACGACCUCGUUGGUGACUUUGCACCUCUCUCGGUGCGACCCAAGCGGUCUAGGUGGGUCGCGGGCGGUGAGGAACCCAGCCAUGCCGAUUUUGUCCUGUUUGGAUGGUACGUCUUCUCGCGGGCCGCAGGGGCCGCCGUGGUGCGCGACAUCUGGUCGCCCCACAAGGCCAUCAAGGCCUGGGUCGACGAUAUGCUCCAGUGGUGCGGCGACCUCGCAGACGACUUUGUGCCCCUGUCGUAG